AUGUGGGGGGACACUGCCACAGUGGGCGCGAUCCUCGGCCGCGGCUGCCCCGUUGACUGCCGCGACUACGACGGCCGCACCGCGCUGUUUGUCGCGGCCGUCAACGGCCAGGCGGACACCGCGCGGCAGCUGCUGGCCGCCGGCGCCGACCCCAACGCGCGCAACAGCUUUGGCAGCUGCCCCCUGCUGGAGGCGUGCCUGUCGGGCCACGAGGCCAUCGCGGACAUACUGCUGGAGGCCGGUGCCCUCCUGAACCAGCCGGAGGUGGAGGAGGCGGCACUGCUCUCAACCGUGAUACACAGCGGGGACCACGCGCUGCUGCGGCGCCUGCUCAGGGCGCACGCAAACCCCGCCGCCGCGGACUACGACGGACGCACGCCGCUCCACGUCGCCGCGCGGAGGGGCGACCUGGCAUCCCUGCAGGUCAUCGCGGCCGCGGAGGACGACCCCGCCGUCGUAGCCCUGCCCGCAGUGCAGUGGGACGCGCCCGACCGCGCAGGCGUCACCGCCGAUACGGAGGCCAGCCGCGCCGGCCACGCAGCCGUGGCUGCGUUCCUGCGCCAGAGGAUCCAGGCCGCGAGGGCAGCCGCCGCGAGCGCGCCCGCGCAAAUGCAACCUGCGGGCGGGGCGGGCGCGGCCGCGGGCUUCGGCAGCGGCGGCACGGCGGGCGGCGUGCCGGGCGGGUUUGCGAUGCGCUUCGGGCGCGCGCCGUCGGCGGUCGGCGGCCCGCGGCCGGCGGUGCGCACGGGCAGCGGCUCGCUGCAGGUGCGGCUGCUCAGCGGCUUGGCGCCGCGGCGGCCGCCGCCGCUGGCGGGUGCGGGGAGCUCCCCCCUCUCUGAGAGUGCGGGCAGCGAGGAGGGGGGCGGCGACGGCGGCGACGGGAGCGGGAGCGGAGAGGCGUGA